AGAUGCUAAUCUUCAAUAUUCUCCUCUAAAACUGUCUUAUACGGUAAACACUCAUAAGGAAAUGAACACAUCUUAUUUCUUUUCUCCACUGAUAAAAAGGACCAGAAGCAUUUACUUCGGUAAUAUCUGCAAGUCCUCAGACCUCUGUUCUCCUGGGUGGGAUUGGGCUGUAAGGUUUAAUGGGCAUUGAAGGUGUGAACACAAGUUCAAAAUCUGGAAAUGUGGACAAGUUGUUGUCACCUCCACCAGGUUUUGAAGGUUGCUCGAAAUCUAGAAAUGUGGACAAGUUGUUGUCACCUCCACCAGGUUUUGAAGGUUGUUCGAAAUCUGUAAAUGUGGACAAGUUGUUGUCACCUCUGCCAGGUUUUGAAGGUUGUUCGAAAUCUGGAAAUGUGGACAGGUUGUUGUCACCUCCGCCAGGUUUUGAGUCUCAAACAAGGUUUGUGCUUAGGAAGGUACAAGAGCAGAUAAAUGGAUCCGGUACACGAGAUGCAGAUAGUUUCCAGAAGCUUGUUAACAGACGACCUUGGAUUGUGCAUGAUCAUACAACCAAACCUGAGGUACGACCAAGACGGCUACCGAGAGUCUCCAAGAAGGUAGUCCUUGAGGAAGCUCCAGUGUUUAACCCAACCGAGGAGGAGUUCAAUGACACUCUCUCUUACAUUUCAAGCUUGCGUGACAUAUCUGAGCCUCAUGGAAUCUGUUGUGUGGUUCCUCCUCCUUCAUGGGAUCCUCCAUGUCUUCUUGGGGAGAGAAAAACAUGGGAGGGUUCCAGAUUUUUCACUCAAGUUCAGAUCUUUGAUGGAGUUCGUACCGAUGACCCGAAGAUUAAAAAGGAGCCUGAUGCUGAUAGUGAUGAGGAUGAUGAUACGUUUGACAAGGUUAAGUUCUGUAGAACAGAAUUUGGUCAUGAGUAUACUUUGGAGACGUUCAAGAACUUUGCAGAUUCGUACUUGGAGAGGCAUUUUCGCGUAAAGGAGAAGGUUCUUGCUUCCAUGUAUUCAUCUCCAUCAGUAGACGCAUGGCCGACGGUGGCAGAUGUUGAAAAAGAGUUUAGAAAACUUCUUGAGAAUCCACUUGUUGAAUUAGGGGUGCUUUAUGGGAACAAUAUAGAUACCAACACGUUUAGCAGUGGGUUUCCUUUAUCUGGAACAUCUGGAUCUUGCAAGUACAAAACAUCAGGUUGGAAUCUGAACAAUACAGCGAAGCUUCCUGCCUCUCUUCUUUCGUUUGACGACUGUGAAUCAGUUUGUGUUCCUCGCCUAAGUGUAGGAAUGUGCUUGUCUUCUCAGCUGUGGAAGUCUGAGAAGGAGAGACUCUACUCGCUCUGCUAUCUGCAUACGGGCGCUCCUAGAGUGUGGUAUUCUGUUGCAGGGUGUCAUCGGCAUAAGUUUAAGGCUUUCAUGGAGAGCUUUAUCCCUAAGAUGUCAGGAGAACAGUCAAAGAAGAGUUAUGACUCUGUAAUUACUUCAACACAUUAUGAUUUUGUGAUGGCAAUGUCUCCUUAUGCGUUGCACAUGGAGGGUAUAACAGUGACCCUGUGUGUCCAGAACCGUGGACAGUAUGUUAUAUUGUUUCCAGGGACGUAUUACUCUUCCGUUGACUGUGGUUUUAACUGUCUGGAGAUAGCAAAUUUUGCUACCCUUGAUUGGUUAUCACAUAAGGAAGUUGAUGCUCUGCAGAAUCAAGAGAAGAAACGAAAAUCGUUGUUAUCGUAUGAUAAGCUAUUGUUUGGAGCUGCAAGUGAAGCUGUGAGAUGCCUUAAGGAAUACUCUUUGACCAAGAAAGAAACAGCAGACAAUAUGAGAUGGUUUAAUGCUUGUGGUAAGGAGGGGAUGUUCUCAAACACUGUUAAGUCACGGGUCAAGAAGGAGAAGAGCAGAGUUCAGUUCCUUAGUGGUCCACUAAAACUGCAAAGGAUGGACGAGAGGUUUGAUGAUGUGAGCAAGAGGGCAUGUUGUGAAUGCUUUGUGGAUUUGUAUCUUUCCGCUGUCCAGUGUUCAUGUUCUGCUGAUCGUUACUCGUGUCUAAGCCACAUGAGGAAUCUCUGUCCCUGUCCGUAUAACAAAAGGAGUUUUCUCUAUAGGUACACCAUAGAUGAGUUGAACAUUCUUGUAGAGGCGUUGGAACAGCGUAAGCUCAGCUCUAUGUUCAAAUGGGGAAACAUAGAUGGCAACUACUGCGCUUCUCCUGCCAUCAGAAGUUCACAACAACCUGGUGGGGACAAAGGCAAGAAAACAGAUGAAGUUAUGCAAGAUGUUGAAGCUGGAGGUAAGGAGCAGAUGGAGGCAAGAGGGAAGGUGAGAUCGAUCAUAGAGAUGAUGAAUGUCAAAGAGGAAAAUGAUAAUGAGUAGUUUGAUAUAUCAACCAGGCCAUGCGAUUCUUUUGCUGUCAACACGGCAAAGAAACAGAAGCAGGGAUUGAUAUAAAAGGAAUGUUUUGUUUUUAAGUAGUUUAGUCAAAGGAGUAAAUCGGUUUGCAAAUUUGGACCAUUAUGUAAACCCUAGAAGCACAACUCUAAACUCAAAUUUAUGUUACAUUUGUUUCAAAACAGUUUCUUUUGUUAAAGAAUAUUUUAUAUUCAGUUA